CCCGCCCCCGGCCCAGAAGGCCGCGCCGGGAGAAGCUGAGCCCGCGGCCGCCGUCCAGCCCGCAGCAUGAGCGCGCCCGCCGCGACCCCCAUCUUCGCCCCCGGUGAGAACUGCACCCCGGCGUGGGGGGCGGCGCCGGCGGCCUACGACGCCUCGGACACGCACCUGCAGAUCCUGGGCAAGCCGGUGAUGGAGCGCUGGGAGACGCCGUACAUGCACGCCCUGGCAGCGGCCGCCUCCUCCAAAGGGGGCCGGGUCCUGGAGGUGGGCUUUGGGAUGGCCAUUGCAGCCACUAAGAUCCAGGAAGCGCCCAUUGACGAGCACUGGAUCAUCGAGUGCAAUGACGAAGUCUUCCAGAGGCUGCAGGACUGGGCUCAGAGGCAGCCACACAAGGUCGUCCCCUUGAAAGGCCUGUGGGAGGAGGUGGCACCUACCCUGCCAGAUGGUCACUUUGAUGGGAUCCUGUAUGACACGUACCCGCUGUCCGAGGAGACCUGGCACACACACCAGUUCAACUUCAUCAAGGGCCACGCCUUUCGCCUGCUGAAGCCAGGGGGCGUCCUCACGUACUGCAAUCUCACCUCCUGGGGCGAGCUGCUGAGGUCCAAGUACUGCGACAUCACGGCCAUGUUCCAGGAGACGCAGGUGCCGGCGCUGCUGGAGGCGGGCUUCCGGCGGGAGGACAUCCGCACCCAGGUGAUGGCACUGACCCCGCCCGCCGACUGCCGCUACUACGCCUUCCCGCAGAUGCUCACGCCCGUGGUCACCAAGCACUGAGCCCCCGGCCCCGCCACCAACCCUCCGGGCAGCAGCACGCCCGGCCCCCACCGCCCUCCUCCCGCCCCCGCCACCCCCACUCAGGGCCUUCGCACCUGGAAGCCUGGGCUCCGGGCGCCUGCAGCCCCGGGUUCAAGUUCCGGGGGCACCCGUGCUGGCCAGGUGACCUCGGGUAAGUGCCCCUCACCUUUGCGUCCCCGUCCCUAAAGUGGGAGCGCCACCUUCUACCUCCCUCCCAGGAUCAGGGGUUUGAAAUAAAAGCUAACACUGGGCCCGGCCAACCUGUA